UCAGCGAAGAUGAUAUGUUUAUACCAACCUACUUUCCCCGUACAAGGCCACUGUUUAGUGGGCAUUGAGAUGUGGGAGAUGGUGAUCCCAAAAGGCCUGACUGGUGGUGACCCCAAACAGCACAAGGAGCCUGAGCCUCAAAGCGAAUAUGCAGAAGAGAUUGUGGAAGUGGAUCAGGAUCAAUCACAUGAAUCCUCACAUGGCACAAGGAAUGAUACCUUAAUGGAAUAUGCUGAUCUUCCAAACCUGCAGGAGGUUCCAGAGGAGAAAGAGUUGACGGCGGUUUAUCAAGUAGAGGUGGGCCUGGCGGAGUCCCUUCGGGGGCAACGUGUGCAGUUAGGGGAUACCCGUUGGCUGACGCAGCUGGCUCACAUUGCCACCGGGCCUCAAAGCCCACUCCUACAGGAGCCUCCACACAGCAGUUCCUCUUCUGCCCAAAGCGAUCUACAUUCGUAUGCCCGGCCUCCCCCACCUAACUCCAGCAGCAAGCCGUCGCCCCGCAGAGGCAGGACGACCAGUGAAUGUAGCUCUGAGGUGUCCGCCAGAUCCUCUCUCUCCGAUGACGAGGACACGGCCUGGAGUGUCUCCUGGCCUGCCACCGCCUGGCACUGUUUUCUGAAAGGUACUCACCUGCGUUUCCAUAGUGGCUCCAGUCGAGAAUGGCAAAAUAUUGAGGACCUUCAGUCUGGCAAUGAGGAACAGUCCAUAUCUUUGAAGCGUUAUGGCGCUGAGGGUUUGCAGCUCGUGGCACAUUCAGAAAAUGUGCUUUCUGGUCAGGCCGUCUUGCAGCUGACUUUUGACCCUGGCGCUUUUGGGCAAGGCUUGUUAACUGCACGCUGUGAACUCGACCACCCGUUCUACGUUAAAAAGAAAGGUUGGUCAUCAUUCUACCCAAGCUUGACUGUGGUGCAUUAUGGGAUAGCAGGCUACGAAAUGGAGCUCGGUGAUGUGUGCCUGCCUCCAGGUCACAGAGAUGCCGAACAUACAGAUGACUCGCUUGUCUUUGACACAUUUAAAAGUUAUGAUUUCACACCACUGGACUCUUCUGCGGUUUACCUGCUGAGCAGUAUGGCCCGACGGCGAUAUGCCUCCCAGUCCAGCGGGGUAACUGUUUCUCCAGACAGAUACACAUUACAAGACACUCCCACACCCAGCCACUCCCGUGGUCCUCACUGCAAGCCAAUCAAAAGCCAGAGUGUCAGCCAACCAGGAAGUAACCACACCACGCCCAAGUGCAAGCGGCCAAUGAAUGCAUUCAUGCUUUUUGCCAAGAAAUUCAGGGUGCGGUACACACAGAUGCACCCGGGCAAGGACAACAGAGCGAUCAGCGUGCUCCUUGGCGAGCGCUGGAGGAAAAUGCGAAGCGAAGAGCGUCGUGUGUUUACCUUGCAGGCCAAAGCACUCGCUGAUGAACAGAAGAGGCUCGACCCAGACUGUUGGAAACGCAAACGCACCGACUAUUGUAUUCAAGGGGACAAGUAAAGACAAUUGAUGGAGGACGACAUGCACGUUCACAAUUCGCAAAGCUACACACUCGGGCCUCUUUUGUGAUUAAGGGCGAUUAAAACAAACGCGACUCAUAAAUUAUGAGACUAAAUUAUUAUUUGAUUGUUCAAAUAAACUAUUUUAAAUAUCUUAAAGACAUACAUUAUUUUUUUGGCAUCAUCUACAAAUGACCUGGCUCAUCUGUCCGUUUAAAAAAUCUAAUGUGGCCCUUAAGCACAACAGUUUGCCCACCCCUGGUAUAAAAUGUUCACUUUUACAGCUUAUGCUUUGAAUUGGUGCUACACAUAAGAGAUUAAGUGCUUUAAAAAUCAGGAUUUCUUCACAUUUUCAACCACUUUGCUUAAAAGCACCAAGGAGGAUAUGUACUGUAUUCAAGAGUACAUUAAGAAGCUACCAGUUGUUUGUUUGUUUGUUUGGUCAGGUUUAUCUGCAUCAAUGAUUCUAGAUUCUUGCAAUAUUCUUAAAGCAGGUGCUUUUUUUUUUUUCGCUUUUUCAAAAAGGAUUUAGUUAAAUAUGCAUGUUUUAAUAUUUUAUGUUAUACAUCGAAUAGAUAUGUUUUACUACAACAACAAAUUGUAAAUUAAUGAGCAGUUCUUUUACAACUGCUUUUUAGGUUACUUUAUGUAAAUGAUGGAUACGCUCUUUAUUAAGACGGGGAUGUCAACAAAAUAGAACCCUUAAUGCAGAUUUCAGCCAUAAUAAGGUCAAAAUAACAACAAUAAUAAUAAUAAUAAGGUCAAAAUAACAACAAUAAUAAUAAUUAUUGUAGUCUUCAAUCUACGGUAUGUGCCAUAGUGAAAUAUUUCAAAUGUAUUUUUAUUUUUUUUUUCAAUCAUUUUGAGGUAUUAAUGAGGUAUUGUGUUAGUUGGUGGUGUUAGUGGGCAUAAAAAAAUUGAUUUUUAUGUCUAUUACAGUCUGUUGUAAAUAAUUCAUCAAACAUUUGUAUAAUAUAACUGAGAAGGUGUGGUGAAAGAAAUAUUGCAUACUUUACAUUGAGCCUGUAUUAUUUACGAGGUUUAUUUAUGGAGCACUAUAUACACUUUAUCGUGUGUGACUGCAAAGCUUUAAUAACAAAUAUUUUUCAUAACUUUUUGUGUUUGUGAAUUAUUCACUCGUCUGUUUAAAAAAUAAAACAAAAGCAUGUUAAAGCUUGAAAGGGAA